AUGCCUCAUUCGACUACCCAACCGCCUGGUCGCUUGGUCGACGGUGGCUGCAUCGUCGUCAGCCAAUCUCUGACCAAUUUCUCACAUGUCGGUCGCUUUGCGCACUUUGCUCUCAUUCUUCUCUUUCUGGCGCCUCCGCUUUCGUUCCUCGCGACUGCCGUGUCGUCGUCGUCGUCUCCGCUCCGAGUCCAUUCCCAUCCUCAUCACCACCAUCCCCAUCAGCACCAGUAUCAGCAGCAUCCGACGCCACUGAGCCAGCUCCAGCCACCACAGCCACUCUGCCAGCAGCCUGCGGGUUGUUUUUCUGCGGUUCGCAGCAGUUCUCUGCUCAGCAUCAGCACCAGCGGCAGCAUCAGCACGAGCAGCGGCAGCAGCAGUCUGAGCAGCAGUCUGAGCAGCAGCCACAGUCUCAACCACACCAGCAGCACCAGCAGCAGCAGCAGCAGCAGCAGUGUCAGCAGCAGUCGCUCUGGUGGUGGCGAAGGGACGACCGAGUGCAGCAGCAGCGCCACGGUGCCUGAUUUUGGUUCUGUGGCCUCUUCUUCUUCUUCGUCUUCCUCAUUCGCCUCGAUUGUCACUGCGCUCCAGCACCAACAGCCCCAAACACCAACAGCAGCAGCAGCAGCAGUAAUAGUGCCUGCUGACUCUGAUUCAACGCUGACCGUGUCUGGUGCUAGCGCUCGCCCAGCAACCGUGCCGUCGGAGGUUGGCGAUACGUCCCUCCUUCUACCUCCAAGUUCACAACUCGCAGUCUCACCACUAUCAGCAACGAACACGAGCACGACCACCGCCGCCAUCACGGCAUCCACGGCACCCACUGCAGAAGCAACACUAGCAGCAUCAGUAGAAGCAACAGAGCGAGCAGCAACAGCAGCAGCAGCCGUAGAAGAAGCAGCAGAACGUUUGAAGGACGGCAGCUGUCAGCCCACGAAGCCCGUUCCGACCACCGCGCUCAUCACGCCAUCCAUCUCUGCGACUAUCAACACUAGCAGCAUUAGUAUUCACUCGACGUUCACGGACACGGGCGACGACGCGGCCCCCACUCUUCCAUCCUCAUCGUUCGAGUCACCAGCAACAACAACAACCACAACAACAGCUGAGCCAACGCCAUCGCCACCCUCCUCUUCCUCUUCCUCCUCUUCCUCCGUCGUUGCUGAGGACAAGUCAGUCUACCCGCCGUUCGCCGCUGUCGCUGCAGCCUUCUUUGCGCUCGCCAUCGCCCUUCCUGGCGCGUGCAGCAAGCAGGUCGCGUCCCACUUGAAGACAGAGCUCGCUGCUGCCGCUGCCCACGCCUCAACAUCAGCACGGUCUGCUCUGCCCCUCGCCACAGCUGCUGCAGUCGCCGUUCCAGUCACUCCCCCGUCGUCCCCGGCACCAGACUUUGCCGCAUCGUCUGCUGCUGCUGCUGCGUCGCCUUCGUCCUCGGCGCUGCUUUCGUCACGCUUUGCUCCGUAUCGCAUCGCAGCCCGAAGCUCUCGCUCGGUCGAUCUCGCUGCCACAGCCGCUGUCAUUGCUGCUGAGGUCGCUGAAUCUGCCAACAACGCCGCCGCCGCCGCCGCCUCUGCUGCCCGAGAAGCCCGCUCGUCCUCGCAUUCUCACUCUGCGCGUGACUCCCUCGACGACCUCGACACCACCGUCUGCCCUUCCCCCGCAGACAGACUAGGUUCGUCCUCGAGCAGCACCGAGUACUCGUCGUCCUUCACUGACAGCAUCGGCGUCCCGCAGAACGCGUUCCGCAACGGCGUCUUCCCUCGAAGCCCAAGCCCAGACGCAAUCGACAACUUUAGCACCGCUUUCGCCUAUCGCUUUGGUGGCGGGAGCAACGACUCUGACUCGGACUCGGACGACCCGAACAACCGGACGGUCAUCUUCAACCAAGACGCCGAGGCUGGCCAGUUUUCGGAUUUUGUGCUCCACCGGCUCACAGACAACCACGACGCUGCGGACAGCGCGCACUCUGGUUUCCUUGGCGGUCGCUCAUCGUACGACGAAUCGGAUCACUUUGAGGAGCUCUAUCAAAAGCACCGCCAGGUAGUCAACUAUCAGCGCCAUCACACACUUGGUGACAGCGAUUUGCACUUUGGCAGCAGCAGCAGCAGCAGCAGUCAUUUGACGACCGACCAUCACUCGACUGUUGCUCUUGCGGACGAUCGUCACCAUCAUCCUCACCACCAAUCCCAGCAACACCAUCGGUCUUACGAGCCUGCCACACACCACGACCCAUCGCCAGCAGAGUUUUCCCUCAACUCGGACGUGCACGGCUCGCACUUUGACUCUGACACCCGUAGCAACUACAGCGCGACAUCCGAGCACUCUCUCGCGCAGCAACCAGGCCACUUGCACUUUGGGGGUGGCAACAGCGGUUAUUUAGCAGACAAUUGCAGCCGCCAGAGCGUCGACUUUGACACUCAGUCCAUCGCCUCCACCGCCUCGGCUAGCAACUCGCAUCUGGCAAACCAGCAGUACUUGUACGGACCCCAGCCAGAUCCCAACAGCCCGUACUUUCGGCCGUACAGCACGUCCCCUUCGCUUCUCGACGAUUGCCACUUUCCGUCGCUUCCUGGCCCAGCGGACAACCACCAACCGCACCACCACAACAACCAACACCACCACCACCACCACCACCACCACCACCACCACAUUCACAGCCGCACCAGCAGUAUCUCGUCUGGUGGUCUUGGGAACGGAUUUGCGCCUCACUUCAGCCCCGACGACGCGUUCGAUUCACUGGACUUUGACUUUAUGAACAGCGGCUACUUGCAACCCGGUGGCGGCAACGGAGCCCUGCCCAACGGGCUUCACGCUCCAAGCCCCGUGGUCAACAUUAGUGCAUAUUCGGCCUACCUCGAUUCCGCUCCUUCUUCGUCGUCCUUGAACGCAGCCUUCCACAAUGGUCGAAAGCCAGGCACAGACUCUGACGUCCCACGCUUUACGCUGCAAGUGACUGAAAACAAGCUCAGCGACUUUUACAACACGGAGGACGUCCUGGGCAACGGUCUCUCUUCGGUUGUCAAGCGAUGCACCCAUCGGAAAACUGGCAAAGAAUACGCUGUGAAAAUCAUCGAGCGGCCGCAGAACGACCCCGAUGCCAACUCGGCAAUUGCACUUGAAAUUUCCAUUCUCAAGAAGCUGAACGAAGACGGCGGCCACCCACACGUCGUGCGCUUGCAAGAUGUGUUUGUCACGGCCAAGUCUUGCUACCUCGUUUUGAGCUCGCCCAGGGCGGCGCUUGCGUACAUUCACCACCACAAUAUUGUUCACCGCGAUCUCAAGCCAGAGAACAUUUUGCUGACAAACGACCUGCGCGUCAUGGUGGCCGACUUUGGCUUGGCCCAAAUCUUGCCAGACGGCGCCAGCAAUCUGCGCGAGGUUUGCGGCACUCCCGGCUACCUCUCGCCCGAAGCUGUCGAGUGCACCGUGAGCGCGACCGCUCCGGGCUACCGCCACCCUGUCGAUCUGUGGGCGUGUGGUGUUAUUCUGUACACACUCCUCGUUGGCUUCCCACCAUUCUGGAACUCCAACCGCCUCGUUCUGAUGCGGUCGAUUCGCCGAGGGCAGUUUGACAUGAGCAGCUCGUACUGGAGUGGCGUCUCGAAAGAGGCCAAAGACCUGGUUUCGCGCUUGCUCUGCGUCGACUCACGUCGCCGUCUGACGGCACGUCAAGCGCUUGAGCAUCCUUGGAUUUGCAACGACGAGCAUCGCCCGCUUUUGCGCUUCUACCAAUCCCCCGAGCUGGCCGCCGCUACUGCCGCUUCGUUCGCUGCUGGCGGUACCACCAGCACGACCGCGCUUCCCACCGUAUUUGCGCCCGAAGUGCCCGACGCUUCUGCCGCCUCCAGUCCGGCUUCUGCGACCCAGACACCCCAUCAUCGACGACGCCGUUUGCGUGCUCUCGCUCGCGGUGUGCUGAUGAUUCGCUCUCUUUGGCGAAAUCUCGGCUCCGACUUGACUCCAAACAUGUCCUCCGCUUCGCUUUCCACCCUGUCAGCCGCAUCCUCGCACGAUUCGUUGUUUACCUUGUCUCGCUUGGCGAGCGGCGUGGAUUUGCAACAAGUCGAGUCCAACAUUGCAACAGCUGCUGCUGCCGCCGCUUCUGCUGCCGCGCCCAAUGGCGUCUCUGCGGCGAUUCACCCCGAGCAUGCAGUGCUGGCGAACGAGCAACAGCAACAGCACCAGCAGCAGCAGCCUGCUCUUGUUAUCACCACCCCUGCAGCCAGCGCAGCAGCAGCAGCAGCAGCAUCGGCAGCAUCAGCAGCAGCAGCUCCUUCUCCCUCGUCCUCAGUGUUGUCAACGCUUCCAGAGGUUGACACAGACACUGGGUUGGAGAUGGUCGUCCGGCCAGCCAAAAUUGGCGUGCGUGCAGACUCUGUUGGCUCGGUCAAUCUCGCGGGUGUGGACUCGGCUCCCGAGUCCGCUCAAGCGCCUGCCGAUGCCGCCAGCACCAAAAAGUUUACUCGCGGACGUGGUCGGCGGCAUUCGAGCCCUUCUGCCCCUUCCUUGCUCGACGAGGCUGGUCCAGGUGAGACGGGCGGCGCUGGCGAGCAUUUGGACGUUCCUCACGCGCUUCGUCCCAUUCGGCAUCACCGGGAGCACUCUCAUCGUGCUGCUGGCAGUCGCUCCUCGCUGAAUGUAGAUUCACACAACUAUGCCGUCAGUCUGCUUUCGGCUGGCGCCACGGCAGCAGCCAAUGCCCUGAGCGAGCUGGCUUCUCACACCUCCUUCUAUCCGGAAGAUUCCAUCUACGGCGACAAGCGAUUCCGCAAGCACCUCGACAUGUGCGCUUUCUCGCUGUACACCCAUUGGGUCCGGCCUGUCACCACCGAUGUCAUUCAAACGACAACACGAGGUGUUACCGGGACCGUUCUUCACCAUCACCCUCCCACCCAGCACGAGCUUGAUGCAUCGCGUGGAAUUCUCUUCCAGCUAGUUCCCAAAGUCCUGCUGCCAUGA